AUGAACAUCUUACAUCACAAAAGCUGGCAUGUUUAUAAUAAGGCUAAUAUUGAAAGAGUACGUAAAGAUGAAGCAGAAGCAGAAGCAGAAGCAAAGAAAAAACAAGAACGUGCUCUUUUAGCUGAAAGCGAAGCUAGACUCACCUUAUUAAGAAAGAAAGCUGAAUCAAAGCUAUUACAACAAGGAGAUAACACAGCUGAUGAUCAAAAAAUUCAACAUGUUAAUCUAUUUCAAGAUCUAGAAAAUAAAGGCAAUAAUGAAGAGCAUGAAGCUGAAAAGAAUGAAAAAGAAAAGAAAUGGGAGCGUCAAAUUACAAUGUAUCUGGAUAAAGGAGCAACAAAAGAAGACGAUCCUUGGUAUGUUAAAAAAGAUCGAAAGGAAGAAAAAUAUUUAGAUCCUUAUACAUUUAAGAGUAAUAAAAAACAUAAACGAGAUCCAGUAAAGAUUAACGAUGAUCCAUUACAUUACAUUACUAAAACUUUGAAAGAGAGAGAAGAAAAAAAGAAUAAAAGAGAGCAUAAGCAUCGACAUGAUAAAAAACGAAAAGAUAAAAAGGAUGUACGAAAAGAAUCGGAUUCGCCAACGAUAGAAGAACUUCGAGCAAGAAGACUUGAGAGAGAAAGAAAUGAAAAGGCGAGACUACAGAGCCUCUAUUUAGAAGAUGAGGUAGAAACAGAUGAUAGGAAACGAUCGUAUAACUCUCAAUUUAAUCCAGAAGACACUUUAAAAGCAAAGCAAAAUAAAAGGCCCCGUCGUCGGGAUAAUUAUUAA